AUUCUCUUUUAUAUUCAAAUUACGCGCAAUGUACAAGUCACAGUUUGUCGGUUUGGAUGAUAAGCCAUGUGAUACGAAAUGCUUAUUGUGUGAUUGCACAUUUGUUCUUCCGACGAACGAGGCGGAUUUUCUUACGCACUUGUUUAAAGUGCACCGCCUCGUUAUAGCUGAUGUUUGGAAAAUAGCUAAUUUAAGAAGUUAUGUACAUUACUGGAGCACAAAAUUUAAAGAAGAACCAUUGACGACCUAUUGCAGUACAAUGUUAAUGGAUUGCACACCGGAUGGACAGCCAAGUAAAAAUGAGCAUUACUUUCUGCUUUCUGACUGUCUGUCGGAGGACAAGACUUUGAGAGAUGAGAUACAUCGAGCUAAACUGGAAUGGACAUUAGCGCAACAAGAAGCUGAGCGUGCAGAUACCAGUUUUAAGCGCGGCUGUAUAUUUUGCCGUACUGAAAUCUGUGGAUCACGUGCUGCGUACAUAAAACACUUGUACCAGAAGCACAAUCUUUACCUUGGCAAACCAGAAAACUUAGUGUUUGUGGAUGAGCUUCUAGACAAAAUCCAAAACAAUAUUGAAAGUUUAAUAUGCAUUUAUUGUGAGGGAACAUUUAAGGAUCGUAUGGUAUUGAAGGAACAUAUGCGAAAAAAAUUUCACAAAAGUAUAAAUCCUCACAAUAAAGCAUAUGAUAAAUUUUAUAUAAACAAUUAUCUAGAGCCAGAAAAGACUUGGGAACGAAAACAGGCUAAUUUGAAAACAAAACCCGACAUAGGAGGUGGCAGUAGCGAAAACGAGGAUGAAGAAAGUUCAUGGUCUGAUUGGAAUGAUGAAUCUGUCAAAAUCACGUGUCUAUUUUGUAAUUAUAGCAACAAUGAGUUUACUUGUAUCCUGAGCCAUAUGAAAGAGGCACAUAGUUUUGAUUUUGAAGAAACUGUUAAAGAUCUGACCUUUUACCAGAAAGUGAAAGUAGUUAAUUAUAUAAAAAGACAAAUUCAAUUACAACGAUGUAUCUUUUGCGAAACAAAAUCCGACAAUGUCUUGGAACAUAUGAAGAAUCAACAACAUUGUAAAAUUGCCACACAAAAAGUUUGGGAUCAACCAGAAUAUUAUUUUCCUAUGUCUGAAAAUGACUCGUUUUUGUACAAUCUUGAUGCAACUAGUAACAGCGAUGAAGAAAGUGAUGUUGAAAAUCUUACUGAGGCAAUGUGUAAUUUAUAAAUGAUUUUUUGUGAAUAGAAGCAAAUUUAUUCGAACUAAUUUUAUCCAAAAUU